GCGUGGUGGCGCCCUGGUCUCCUUCAGAGGCAUAAAUUCCUUCCAGCCGAGUUGUGGCGAAUAGGAAUCACUUAUCUUUCUGUCCCUUAUUAAUCUUAUAUAUUGUGUAUAUAUUUAUAUCUCCUGUACACAACAGGAGACCGUAUCAUUGAGCCGGCGUUUAUUCUAAGGCCGGAGGAAUAGAACCCUGCUCUCCGGUACCACCUGGAAAUGUGUCCCCACUGCCUGUGGUCCGCAAACAAAUCAAUCCGGAUGGGCGCAGUUGAGGUCAAGUGCUGAUUUCUUCAGUAUCCCAUGGAACCGAGUGUCAAUCAAUGGAGGAGGCACGAGCAGCAAUUUUUAUGCGUGUUGCUACAUUUCCUCAAAGUCCAGUCUUUCCUCUGCAGGAUUCUUCAGUGGCUGGAUAUCCUGGACCCUACAACAUUACUAGCAUCAGAUCAGGAAAUAAAAAAUGCUCAAACUCUGCUUCAAAACAGCCAGCCCAGCCUGGAGGAGCAGGUGAAAGAUGAAAAGAUUAAAGGAGCCUUGAAGCUUACUCUGUCUUCAGUUCAUCCGGACACAGGAAGUGUACUGCCAACAGUGUUCCGUGCUUCAGCAUUCACACCACUUGCUGCUCCUUUGAUUCUAGGUAUGCUUCUACCACACAAACGGAUGAAACCAGCUUUGUUUUGGCAGUUCCUCUUUCAGUCAUACAGUGCAGGAUACAACCUGGCAAAUGGAAACAAAACUGCUGGUAAAGAUGAAAAGAUUCCUCUAAAUGAAGUUCUCCUCCUGAUUGGAGCUGUGUCCUACACUACAUGCUUGGGAAUCUUCCCUCAAUUUAUGGUGUAUCGCUAUGGAUUAAACAGUCCGGCAAUGCGCACUCUCUUUACGAAGGUUCUGCCAGUUCCUGUUCUUGCAAUUGCAAGUGCUGUCAAUGUGGCUGCAGUUAGAGGAUCCGAAUUUGCGAAAGGCAUUGAACUUACGGACAAAAAUGGCAAUGUUGUCGGAGUCUCCCAAGCAGCUGGAACUAAGGCAGUAAAAGACACGGCAGUUUCCAGAGCUGUAUUAAUUGGAACCACAGUUGCUGCACCAAACAUGAUUGUUAGCUAUUUGCAAAGGACAAAUUUCAUAAGGAGAUUUCCAUUUGCUCUUGCUUCUUGUAGACUUGUAAUGACUUCCUUGAUCCUCGGAGUAAUGAUACCUGUUUCCUUUAGCUUGUAUCCUCAGAUGGGGAAGUUUAUUUCAGAUAAACAGGAGCAAACUGGAACCUUCAAUUCAGUCUUCAACAACCGAAGAUGAACUUUAUUACAAUAGAGGGCUGUGAAAGAGGGACAGAGUCAGAUUGCUGGGUUGCUUUGUGCAUAUCAUUGUUAAACAUAAAUGUUGGCACCCAACAUGAUCAGAAGCCUGAUCAAUGCAAAUGUUUUAUCUGCUGGUUAAGUGCUUCAAAUAAGGAAUGCAAUACAUUGAAAUCUAAUGUUAUAACUGUGAAUUAAAUAUUUUGUUUUAACAUUUUGCUUCUCAUCCAGAUGGUUGUAUUCUCCGAUACACAACAGCCAAAGAACCAGAGAACAGACCUUUCUGCACAUAAUUAUGCUUUAUAAGUUAUUGUGAUGGUUUACCUUUCUGCAGAAAGGUAGUGACUUCCCAUGAGUGGUGUUCUCAUACCAAUGAAAUUGAGCAAAGUUUGUAUGACAAUAUCAGUUUUGGCUGGUGUUUUACCCAUGGAUACAUCACAUUCCCAAUCAUCUCCCUCUCUCAACAUCCAGUGGAAAUAUUGGUUGGUGAUAAGAUGGUUUCCAUUCCUGAUUUCCAUCCUAUUCCCUGGAAUAACAGAAGCCUAUCAAAUAGCACUCACAACUGUUCUGAAUGUAACAAGAAGCACAAAGCUAACCUGUUCUGUUCUGCACCAUAUUUUUUGGUAUAUUUAAUUACCAAAUCAUUGAGAAAUUUAUCUGUAUCCUUUCAGGAGUUGGAUAUUUAUCUACCUGCCUGAAAGCAGCUGAUAUAGUGAGUAACAUCUCCCACCUGUCCUUUUAGAAAAAAUGGAGCUUGUGCAGUUCACAUUUGCAGUGCAAACAUCAUCACCAUCAAGUGCCAUGCCCAGUUUAAGCUUUGACUGCAAUGGCCCACACACUCCUGUUUGGGGUCAAGUGGAUCAAUUCAUUGGUAUUCAUAGAACAUAGAACAGUACAGCAGAGUACAGGCCCUUCGGCCCACAAUGUUAUGCAGACCCCUUAAAUUCCUCCCUAUACCUGUCUAGUAGUCUCUUAAAUUUCAUUAGUGUAUCUGCCUCCACCACUGACUCAGGCAGUGCAUUCCACGCACCAACCACUCUCUGAAUAAAAAACCUUCCUCUAAUAUCCCCCUUGAACUUCCCACCCCUUACCUUAAAGCCUUAAAGAUUCAUUUCCAGUUCCCUGGCUGCUGUCUCCAUCAUCAUUUGUCUUUGUCUUCCUCUUGCUUUCUUCCCUUCAAUCUUUCCCAUAAUUACCAUGCAAUCUAACUCCUCUUUCCUAACUCCAUGUCCAAUGAAGUUACAUUGCCUUUUCAUGAUCUCAUACAUUAUUUCUCUUUUUGUGUUCGCUCUGUUCAUGACAUCCUUGUUAAAUGUUCAUUUUGUCCAUAAUAUUCUUUCCAUCCUCCUCAAAAACCAAUCUCUGCUGCUACAAUUCGUUUCCUCAUGUUACUAGAUAUGUCCAACAUUCUGAGCCAUAUAACAUAACUGGAUAAACGUAACAUUUCAGUACUCUGAGGCAGGUUGUCAUGCCUAGUUUAGUAUUGGUCAGUAUACUUUUCAUUCUCGUAAAGGUGUCUUUUGCCAUCCCUAUUCUUUUGAUGUCCAUGUCGUACCUGCCAUCUGACAUCACCCAACUUCCUAAGUAGCAAAAGUUCUGUAUUUGUUUUAUGUCUUCCCCAUUUAUUCUUAGCCUGCAGAUACGAUUCUCCUUUUUGGAUAUCACCAUACAUUGUCUUUUUGCAGUUGAUAGACCCAUUUUUGCACUUUCUUCAACAAUUAUAUCAAUUAAGUUUUGUAGUUCUUUCUCAGUACUUGCAUCUGAAAUUAUUGAUGUUUUCACUGCCAACUUUGAUUCCCAAGAUGUCUCUUAUUUUUUGUAAUAUUCUUUCACUGUACACAUUAAAUAAAUCAG